GACUGUGCUGUUCAUGCAUUGAAAACCGGUGCGAUCCAGGAAGCAGCUGAAAGGAGCCCACAGGAAAGAAGAAGAGGCUCUGGGAACCGGAUCAGCACCAUAGAAGCUGGCGAGAAGACCAACAACCAGACAGGAACAAGAGAGGUCGUUGUGGAGCUCAAGCCUCUGUUUGCUGUCCGUGCAGCGGGGGAGGGUACAGCUGCUGUCCCAGGCCUAGUUAGAUGUCCCAGCAUCCCACAGGAGCUCAGACCAAGCCACUGCGUCACUAACUGUGAGAGUUGGACUAGCAAGACAGGGGAGAGGAGACUUGUGUGGUACAUCUGGGCCAAAGCCCCUUAAGCCCCAACGUUCACUCCCAGGAACAUCUGUCUCUCUGAAAAACUUGCCGGUCGACCUACGAACCUCCAUGGAAGAGAAGUACAAAGAGAUUGCAGAGGAGCUGUUCUCUCGCAGCAUGGCGGAGAGUGAGAUGCGCAGCGCCCCCUAUGAGUUCCCAGAGGACAGCCCCAUCGAGCAGCUGGAAGAGCGGCGACACCGCCUGGAGAGGCAGAUCAGUCAGGACAUUAAGCUUGAGCCAGAGAUCUUGCUACGCGCCAAACAGGACUUCCUGAAAAUCGACAGUGCCACAGACCUAGAGUUAAUAAAGGAGAAGAGUGUUGAUGCUGUUGAUAAUGGCCUUAAGGAGAGGGAAAUUCCAAUGGAGAGAGAGUACCAGCGGGUGUCUAUAUCUGGAGAGGAAAAAUGUGGGGUGCCCUUCACUGACCUGGUCGAUGCCGCCAAGUGUGUGGUGAAAGCUUUGUUCAUUCGGGAGAAAUACAUCAACAGAUCCAUGCAGUCCUUUUGCAAGACCACGGCUCAGUCCUUGCAGGACCUGAGCUUGAAGCCGCAGGACAUGGGACUCUACGACGAAAUCGCAGAAACCCCCGUCGACGUCGAUGCCCCCGUCCACCCGCCUGUUUCUGAGACGCACCCAUACGACAAUCAGGACCCCCAAAAUAUGCCCCUGGAUGCGGGAUACAGCUGCAAGAUGGUAGACGGCGUCAUGCAUGUCUACACCAAGAACAGCGUCAUGGACAAAAGCACAGAAUUAGACCUGCCCUAUCCUGACCUGAAAGAAUACAUUGCCGACAUGAACGUUAUGAUGGCUCUCAUUAUUAAUGGCCCGGUGAAGUCUUUCUGCUACCGUCGCCUACAGUACCUGAGCUCCAAAUACCAGAUGCACAUCCUCCUGAAUGAGAUGAAGGAGCUAGCAUCCCAGAAGAAAGUCCCUCACAGAGACUUCUACAACAUACGCAAAGUAGACACGCACAUACAUGCUUCGUCCUGCAUGAACCAGAAGCACCUGCUGCGCUUCAUCAAAAGAGCCAUGAAGAAAUACCCUGGGGAGAUUGUUCACAUCGAGCGCGGCCGGGGUCAAACUCUCAAGGAGGUCUUUGAGACCAUGAAUCUUACGGCUUUCGACCUGAGCGUGGACACGCUAGAUAUGCAUGCGGACCGCAACACGUUCCACCGCUUUGACAAGUUCAAUGCCAAAUACAACCCCAUCGGAGAGUCCAUCCUGAGGGAGAUUUUCAUCAAAACUGACAACCAUGUUGAGGGGAAAUACUUUGCACACAUUGUCAAGGAGGUGAUGGCAGACCUGGAGGAGAGCAAGUACCAGAACUCUGAACUGCGGCUGUCUAUCUACGGGCGUUCCAGAGACGAAUGGGACAAGCUGGCCCAGUGGGCAGUCAAACAUCGGGUGUAUUCGGAUAACGUGCGUUGGCUUAUCCAAGUACCCCGUCUUUUUGAUGUAUAUCGUACAAAGAAGCAGUUGGCUAAUUUCCAAGAGAUGCUGGAGAACAUCUUCCUGCCGCUGUUUGAAGCCACCAUCAAUCCCCGCAGUCAUCCCGAGCUGCAUCUCUUCCUGGAGCACGUUGUGGGUUUUGACAGCGUGGAUGACGAGUCCAAACCUGAGCACCACAUUUUCAAUCUGGACAGUCCUCUGCCGGCCAACUGGAGAGAGGAGGACAACCCGCCCUACUCGUACUAUCUCUACUAUACCUACGCUAACAUGACCGUGCUCAACCACCUCAGGAGGAGGCGAGGAUUUCAUACAUUUGUGCUACGACCUCACUGCGGGGAGGCGGGGCCAAUCCACCACCUGGUGUCGGGUUUCAUGCUGUCAGAGAACAUCUCUCAUGGUCUGCUGCUCAGAAAGGCCCCUGUGCUGCAGUAUUUGUACUACCUAGCUCAGAUCGGCAUCGCCAUGUCGCCGCUAAGCAACAACAGCCUGUUCCUCAGUUACCACCGCAAUCCACUGCCGGAGUAUCUGUCGAGAGGCCUCAUUGUGUCCCUGUCCACCGACGACCCCCUCCAGUUCCACUUCACCAAGGAACCUCUUAUGGAGGAGUACAGCAUUGCAACACAAGUGUGGAAGCUGAGUUCCUGUGACAUGUGUGAGCUGGCAAGAAACAGUGUUCUCAUGAGUGGAUUUUCACACAAGGCCAAAAGCUACUGGCUGGGUCCCAACUAUUACAAAGAAGGUCCGGAGAGCAACGACAUCCGCCGCACCAACCUCCCCGACAUCCGCGUGGCCUAUCGCAGCGAGACGCUCUCUGAGGAGCUCCACCUCAUAACCCACGCCGUGCGCACGGAGGAGCUGGAGACCGUCGACGAAGAGGACCCCCUGUGCAUGGGGCCUCUCCCGGGUGGCCGCUGAUAACACCGUGUCUCUCUCGCUACUUCCAGUAAACGCACACCUGCAUCCUGCAUCCGCCACCACACCUUGAAGGCAAGUGAGAGCAAACCGUACACCAAGGAACCACUCCUGUCAGCACACUUGUACUCUCGCAACAAGCUAGCACAGCCCGCCAUUUUGAAUCCAUCCAUCCACGCUCUAUGGCGCACGUGCCGGCGUCAUUCCGCAGUCUUGCGUACUCUUUUCGAAUGCACAAGCAAACGUUUGUAGCUCAAAGCACAGUAAAGUUUUCGAAGUGUCCCGAUUCUUUCCCUCAUGGCUUCUUUGCAUAGCUGCAAGGAGCCCCCCUCGGUUAUCAAAGGCUACAGACUCUGCAAACAUUCCACAGAGCAAGAAUGAAAGCAUUCUUGUGGGAUUCCAAGCAUAAAAAAGGCUUGUUUACUUCACUGUGGCCAUGAGGAAAUGGUGCCUCCACACUCAUUCCUUCCUCAGACAUGAGAGUUAGUGUUUUUGCAUGCAUUGCACUGUAGUUCUGCACCAAGACAGUCAUCGCUGACUUUUGUUCCACAAGAAUGCAGCUGAAACCACUUGGCUGCAUGCAUACUUUGCGUCCAAAUAGUUUUUAUUUGUGCAUGGUUGCAUGAGUCAUGAGGAUGACACCACAAUGGAAAGCAACAACCUUCUCAUGGCUGAAUGCAUUUAUUGGCCCUCUGCAUAUCGUACAAAUAGAAACAAGCCAUUAUCAAUAAGAAAUAUUAUUAGAUAUUCUAUUCAUUUUCUUUGUCACAGAUAACACAAAGCUAAGGUAUUUUCUUUUGAUAUCCUUGCACAGAUUGAUUGUUUUCUGCACCUUAAACGCACAACAUGUAUCAAAGUUGUUCAAACAUCCUUCAGUUUGCAGAUUGCAUAAGAAUCUCACGCCUCAAAUGGCCCGUAGAGGGCAUUUAACCUAUCAUCCCACACAACCGUGUAUAGAAAGAGUUUUGCCAACCUGGUUUUAGGCAAUGAUUGACUAAAAGGCACUCACGUGACUAUAGGGCACCAUGUUUGCUACCAACUUUGAGCUGAUGCUAUGUGUUUGCGGUGCUUCCUCGAUCAUUUUUCUACGUGUAUAAAUGUCGAAUUCUCCACCCGUGAGAAUUGUGAAAAGCCUUUACAUCGCUUUCCCCACAACCCAGAAAAAAAAAGUAUAGGAAGUGAAAGUUCGACGUCAACACUAGAAAGCCACAAACUACAGCGUCUUGUGCCAGGUAAACACACGACACAACGCCUGUGUUGUUCAGGAGAGAACACACAGAAGCUAAUACAAAUAAUAACAGAAGAAAUUAAAAAAAGAAAAGAAAUUGUUUGACAUAAAUAGACUAUCUUUGAAUUUCAGUAAAACAAAAAUAAUUCAAUUUUGUAACAGCAGGAGCGAAAAUCAAACAAAUACAAAUAGAUGGACUUGAAAAAAGUUCAAGAAACCAAAUUUUGGGUGUGAUAAUAGAUGAUAAAAUGAAAUCUUAUAAAAAAUAUCCAACAUAAAGUGGCAAGAAAUAGGGCAAUAAUGAAUAAAAAAAAUAUGUUCUGGACCAAAAAUCACUCCACAUUCUCCACUGCUCACCAGUGUUACCAUAUCUGAGUUGUUGUGCAGAAAUAUGGACAAGACACUUGACCCACCUGCUCCCAGUGCCACCCACACUGGUCUAAAUGGAGCUUUAAGAUGUCGAUAAUGGGUUUCACUUGGUAAAGCGCUUUGAGUCUCCAGAGAAAAGUGUUAUAUAAAUAUAAUUCACUUGCUACAUGAUGGGUGAUACACACAGUUAUUACAAAUACAUUGAAGGUAGCCACCACAGUUGACAUAUUUCACACAAAAGUCACAUUUUCUCUGAUUGUUGGUCCCAAGCCAAUGAAUAUUUUGGCGAAAUGAUGGUAAUAAUUUUUUUCCCUUGUUCUAUGUAUUUAUUUUACAUUUAGUGCGUCGUCUAGUGCGUGUUAGAGUGCUUGCUCGUCACGAAACACUGCAUAAAUGUAGCAGCAGACUGCGUCAAAUACGGCCGCAAAAUUAUACUUUGACAAAAUAAAAGCAUGUUUUUUGUGUAACUUUAUGAGCUAGAGUAUGUUUACAACUACAUAUAGACGCAUUAUUUUGGUUUAUCUUGUCAGAAAAACUGACGUCAAAACAACAGCAAUUGCAUCCUUGGGAGCAAACAUGGCGCCUAUUGUUUAUUUGACCAUACUCUCUUCAUACACGACUGUGCCAUCCCAUUGCUGUUUUAUCUUCUGACCACCAAACAUGAUUCGAUCCCAAAAUAGACAUUAUUUUUUCAAAUAGUGGCCUCUGCUCUGUUUGACGCCAUGCUGCAGUUAAUUAAGGCAGUGGUCCCCAACCACCGGACCGCGGCCAGGUACCGGUCCGUGGACCGAUUGGUACCGGGCCGCACAAGAAAUAAAAAAAAUUACAAAAAAAUGUUUUUAUUUUUUUUAUUAAAUCAACAUAAAAAACACAAUAUAUACAUUAUAUAUCAAUAUAGAUCAAUACAGUCUGCAGGGAUGCAGUCCGUAAGCACACAUGAUUGUAUUUCUUUAUGACAAAAAAAACCCAAAAAAAAUACCAUAACCCCCCCAGUCCGUGGGACAAAUUUUCAAACGUUGACCGGUCCGCAGCUACAAAAAGGUUGGGGAUCACUGAAUUAGGGCAAUGCAAAGCACUGUGAAGGUCCUAUUGAAACUGCAAUGUUUAUUAUUAUUAUCAAAUAUAUACGUUUGAAUGGAGUUUUGGGGAACUGUACUCUUUUUUUGGAUUUUUGUCUAUCAUUCACAAUCCUUAUGUGAGACACGCACUUAUGUUUUUCUUUUCUUAUGGAUUCUAACUCGUAAAUAAAGGCAAGCAUGAGGUGGAUAACAAUGCACUCUUAAAAACUAAAAUCCAAAAUCCUCCAUCACUUUAUAUACAUGCUGUUAGUAUAUAUGUAAUGUAAUAACACUCAUAACAUGUAAUAUGUACAUGUUUUGCUCAUUUUAAGCGUAUUCAUUUUACAGACUCAUCACAUCUUUCGAUAUACCCUUCAACAAUGACACUAAGAGUCAUGGCAGACUUCAUGAGAGACAACGACUACUUUGGGACAAAUGAUGAUUGGAACCUUAUAUUUUUGAGCCUGACUAUACAGAACAUUAGCUACAAGUUUUAGAAGCUGUGUGCUGAACAGAUCCAGCAAGUAGCACUAUUUGCAAGAAAAAAAACUACGAACAUAAUAAAACAAUCACUUACUGUACAAUAUUUGCUCUCACUGGGAUGCCGACUGAUGGAAUAUUCACAGCAAAUCUUCCAGUUGAGAUGAAUAAUUUAUCAUAAUCCUCACACAGGUUAAAAAAAACAAGGUGAGCGCAAACGAGCGUUUGUGUGCAUCUUUCUCGCCAUCUCCGGGUCUAAGUUGAACGUCAACGUUGAUCAACUUCUUGGUUUAUGACAACCUUCUACCAUACAAGUGAGAGGUAUGAUUUAUAAUCUGGAAUUAACUUUUACCAACUCAGAAAAGUGUUUGUGUUCUUGUCUUACAUUGGGAUUGUGAAUGAUAGGCAAAAAAACGUGCAGUUCCCCUUAACUGCGAUGGGAAGCGGAGGUUGCAAAAGCAAUAUGGCACUUGCAAAGAGAAAUCAUUUUAAAAAGGGGGUAUCUGGUGUAAAAAAAUAGAAAGAAAAAAGUUUGACAACCAUUACAUUAGACCUAUAUUUUGGCGUGCCUAAUGUUAGACCAGGCAGUGUUCUUGUUCCUCGUCAUCUUGUCCACCAUUUGUCAUUAUUUAGCUUCCAAGCUAAGCUAAAGGGAUGCACAGCAAACGCUGUAAAGACGCCUGUUUGUAUAGAAAGUGUAUUUUUAAAAUAGCGAUAUUAGCUUUUUUAUUCAUAGUCAUCUGAUUGUUUUAUUGUGGUGUUUGGUUAUGAAAGUCCGUCUUAAAUAGUUUAACUUGAUAUGUUCUUGUUUAUUUGCUGGUCUAAUUACAGUAAAACAGAUGUAUUUUUACAAACAGCCAGCAGGGGGAGACAAAACCCCCAAUCUUAUGAUUUAGUACGCUUUCAUUUCUACUGUGCUCUUGUUUAACUUUCUUAUUUGAUAUAUACUGUUUAUUUUGCAUAUCGAGUCAAAAUUAACAUUACCUAUGAAAUAUAUUACAUAGGAUUUAAAAAAAACAAAACUGAUUUAACCCUAGUUUUGGCUUGGUUAAUGUUAGCAUCCACUUUUAGCGCCAUAGAUGAUUUACUUUUACAAGCUACGAAAAUCUUUUCUUCAAACUGACAUGUUUAUGUCUAGUCUGAGUUUAAGCGUAAUGUGUAUUUUGAAGAAGACAUCAAUUGUUAAAAUCGGUGCAGUUUUUAAUUUGUGACAAGAAUAAUUAGAUUUUGAUUGUUUUUCACACCACAUUCUCUUACAAUAGCUUCAGCACUUUAAGCUUUUUAACUGUUAAUUGAUACAAUAUGAAUAAAUGUAGAUUACUUUAAUAUAUAUGAAAUAUAAUGUGCCUGUUCUGACAUUGUUUCUUUUUUUUUGCCAUUUUAAUAUAAUAAUCUGAUGUCCCACACAAUGUAGCACGCCCUACCUCAUGAAUUGUAACCUAAUAAUGAAUGUGUUCUUGUCUGACGAUACAGAAAUGCAUACCAUAUGAAAUAGUAGGACAAUACUCACCCGUCCUAAAGAGUAUUUUCUAAGAUUAUGUUGCCGGGGUCUUCGUGUGGAGUUUGCAUGUUCUCCCCGUGACUGCGUGGGUUCCCUCCGGGUACUCCGUCUUCCUCCCACCUCCAAAGCAUGCACCUGGGGAUAGGUUGACUGGCACCACUAAAAUUGGCCCUAGUGUGUGAAUGUGAGUGUCAUCUAUUUGUGUUGGCUCUGCGAUGAGGUGGCGACUUUCGCCCUUCUGCAGCUGGGAUAAGCUCCAGCCACCCCCGCAGUAUAAAAUGGAUGGAUGGGUGUUGCCAUCCACAAUCAAGUGUUCUGUUGAGUAUUUUUUGAUAUUUUAUGUUUAAUUUGGCUGAUUUUUAACUCACAAUAAAGAAUGCUGAAACACUU